AUGGUUAAAUCUUAUUUAAAAUAUGAAUUGCACAAUUCCUUUGGCUCAUUAUGCUCCCCCUACUGUGGAUCAGUAGCUAACUAUGGUACCCAUAACAUUGUAACUGCAACAGAUGACUCAAUAACAAUUUGGGACACACGAACAUUUUCAAAAGUAGCUAAUUUAACGCGAAAUUCUGCAUCAAAAUACAUUCAUUUCGCCACUGUCUUGUUGUCCAACGGUAUCGAUGCCAUCUAUGCCGGCUACUCGGAUGGAUCCGUAUGCAUAUGGAACCAAUGCAUUUUGAGUGUAACCUUCCAUGGACAUAAGGGCAAGAUAUCCUGUUUAGCUGUGUCUAGUGACUACACUUUAUUGGCCUCGGGGGGGAACGACACAGAUAUAUUGGUGUGGGAUCUAGUAUCAAAUUGUGGUAUAUCUCGCUUGCGAGGGCAUUUAAACCAAGUUACUUCAAUAAUUUUCACAAGCAGUGCCAACCCAUUAGUGGUCAGUGGAUCAAAAGACGGAGUGAUUAGGAUAUGGGAUCACGCAGCAAACGUUUGCCUGCAGGCCCUGAUAGAUUGUCCAGAUGAAAUAUGGUCCCUGGCCCUAUCACAAACAUUAACUGAGCUAUAUGUUGGUACCAAAACGCUCAGACUGUACCAGUUUGAUCCGAAUGGUUCGCUCGAUGAACAGCACAGCUAUGCCAAAUUUAGGGCUUCUCCUAAUCUUUCGUCAUCAUGUGCCGGAGCCAAUUUUAUCUACAAAGAAAUGAAGGUCUGCAGUUUUGGCCACAAGGAAUUUUUGUUUGAUGACCUUGCCGAUGGCGGAAUAUUAAUUGCCUCUGGUAACUCAAAAUUCGUGUUGUUUUACAGAUUAUAUGCAGUUGAUGACCAAGAAAAACGGGCAAAGAAACGCGCCAAAAGAAAUCUUCAAAAGCUGGCAGUCAAGUGCAAAACUAUGAGAGAUUUAGUGCUAUCCUCAUCGCUCGUAGAUAAAAUUCCCCACUUUGACAACGUUGUUGAUGAAUAUGAUUAUUUGGAGAAUCUGUUGUCAAAUAAAACAGCCAUGGAUACAGCUAAGGAUGAAACGGACGAAACAAACAAUAUCGCAUUUCUAUUCGCUUUGAACGUUAAUACUAGGGUUAGGGCCAUCCAAGUGGCGCGUGACUAUUAUCUUGACAAGAAUUCCAUCAAAUUGAUCGUGGCGCACACCAACAAUUCAAUUAGUUUUUGGGAAAUACCAUUGAAGAAGCUGCUGGAACAUGAUUUUUCGUCGCACAAUUUACACUCUAAAAUCUCAAAUUACCACUCCAAACCCAUAAAUACGCUAUGUAUGUCCACUGAUGAUACGCUGAUACUAACCAUUUCUCCAUCCGAGAUUAAGCUAUGGGACGUGGCAACUAGCUUGUGCAUCAAAACAUUCGAUGUUGUAGAAGGCACUUCUGGAUUUGUUGUACCAGGAAACGAUGCAAUUUUUUACGGAACUAAAGACGGUGAGCUAUGCGUUAUCAACGUAAACACAUGCGAGACACACAGCAUUUCACGCGGUGAUGAAAUAUCACGCUUAGUAUUAUCUCCCCAAAUGGAUUCUUUCAUCUUGGCACGGGCAACUGGCGCGAUUGAAACCUACAAUAUAACACUAAACCAGUCGAUCGGUUGCGAAAUUACAUCGUCCUUCACCAGCUCUGACAAACCAACAGACAUUGUUAUUUCUAGAAAUCAAUCUUUGAUCGCAAUUGGACAGCUGGAUGGCACUAUACUCACUUAUCACAGUGACUCUAAGAAAUUAAAUUUAACUCUGUACGGGCACAAGUUGCCAAUUCACUCCAUCGAUUUAACCUCUGAUUCCACACUUUUGGCAUCAUCUGCUGCGGACAAAACACUAAAGAUUUGGGGGCUGGAUUUUGGAAACAUACACAAAUCAUUCACAUUCACCAGCAUCAUAUGCUGCGUAAAAUGGAUCCCUCUCACACACUAUACGAUGAGUGUUGACGAAAAUGGCGUUCUGUAUAUGCACGACGCUGACAACUUUCAACAAGUAUUCUUUACUCAGGUUCACUGCUACCCAGCACUGAAGAUAGCCAUGAAUAGUGAUGGUAGUUUUUUUGCAACUUGCGGCAAAGACUGUACAAUCAAACUGUGGAAUAUUACGGAUAAGCAGCUAUUUGUUCAGGAGGAGAUGGAAAUAGAUAUGGAACUUGAUGCUGUUAGAGAGGAUAUACCUCAGGCAAUACAAGCAGAUGAAAAUGUAGUAGCCUAUAAAGUGACAAGGCAAAAUAUUGAGACUGUAAAAUCAUCUGAACACCUGAUUCAGGUACUGGAUGAGGCGUCGAAUGGCACAGCUAACUUGUUUGGUAUCACUGGCCAUAAGCACGUAAUCGGGUCACUAGUCAAGUUAGACUCGAAUAACGUAUAUGAUCUGGUCAUUACGUUGCCCUUUUCAUAUGCCACAAAGCUGUUGGAAUAUUUGGCCGAAACGUUGGAGAUUAUUGCACGAGCGGAUCUUUCAGGGCUUUACAACACGGAAAUUAUCUGUCACACCGCGCUUACAAUUGCACAAGUUUAUUUUAGGCAGUUAGCGGUGUCAAAGAAGCACCGUGUUGUAAUUAAGAGUCUCAAAAAAAGUAUAACAAAGAUAUUACGUGAUCAGGAGAGUUUAAUUGAGUUCAACAACGCAUUUGUCAACAUAUACACUCCCAAUUUACAUAGUGAUUAA